AUGGCUUUCUUGAUGCCUGUGUUGUUGAGCAAACGAAAUCUAGACAUGUUUGUUAGCAGUGUCCUCUGGUUGUUGCUGCUUAGUUGUAGCUUCAGCUUUGGCGUUGAGAGCGAUAUCAACUGCUUGAAAAGUAUAAAAGCAUCACUUGAGGACACUUUAGGUUACUUAAACUCUUCAUGGGAUUUCAACAACAACACUGAAGGCUUCAUCUGCAACUUUCUCGGGAUCGAGUGUUGGCACCCUCACGAGAGCAAGGUUCUGAACAUCAAGCUUUCGGAGUUGGGACUAAAAGGUCAGUUCCCUCGGGGCGUAGAAAAUUGUACAAGCUUAACAGGUUUAGAUCUUUCAGGCAACAUGCUCAGUGGACCUCUUCCUCAUGAUAUUGAUAAAAUUCUUACGUGGGUUACGUCUCUUGAUCUCUCUUCCAACAGCUUCUCAGGGCUGAUCCCGGCGACGCUUUCCAAUUGCAGCUAUAUGAAUGUGCUCAAGCUUGAUAACAACCAGUUCUCGGGUAACAUUCCGGCAGAAGUUUACCAGCUAACUAGGCUUAGAACUUUUAGUGUGGCCAACAAUCUUCUGUCGGGCCAAGUGCCACCAUUCGGUGAGAAUAUUGCUUCAAUUAGAAGGGACAGUUAUGCAAACAAUCCUGGACUUUGUGGAUACCCCCUCAAGCCUUGCCCAUCAAUAUCUCAAAAGACGUCCUUGUCCUUGAAUGUGGUUAGGGUUUUCAAGUCGAAUGGUGUACUUAUGGUGGCAGCAGCUGAUGAGCUCCAACAGCCUCGUUGCUUAGCAAACUGCACAUGCGUCACGCAUCUUUCGAGCAACCAUCUCCAAGGACCUCUUCCUGCUGACAUCUGUCACACCAUUCUGUAUAUCACAAAUCUUGACUUCUCAAACAACACCUUCUCAGGCCAAAUCCGAGACCUUCCCAACUGUGCGUGGCUCAAUCUGCUCAAGCUUGAUGACAACGCGUUUUACUUGGGUUGCUUCCUAGGCUUAAGAAACUCAGUGUGGCCCACAAUCUUCUGUUUGGGCCAGUCCCACAGUUCGUUUAUGGGAGCGCAGAGUUAUGUGAUCAAUUUCGGAUUCUGUGGGGGGCCACUGGAGCUGUGCAAGUCAUCUUCAAGUCUGAGAAUGAUGUUGCUAUUGUUAAAUUUAGUGUUAAACGUGGAUAUUACUAUUUUGCUAUUUCACUCAAUCGAAAAAUUAUCAUAUAUCACAUACCGUGAUUGGGUGGGAUAA